AUGGUCUUUGUGACUGAGUCUGUAAUUUUCUCAAAGGACCCUUUUGUUGAUCUGUUCAUUUCUUUUGAUCUGAGAAUCACUAAUCUGCUUUCAAUUUUGGAAGUUUACUGCAUUCUUUCUCUUGGUAAGUUCCUUUUCCCUGUGUUUGUGAUGUCUGACUCUGGACAACUUGGUGCUGCUAAUGAUCCACUUUUUGGCCUGCUUGAUCCAUUGCCUUUCCCUAGUGAGCAGCAACCUGUUGUUGUUGUUGAUGAUGAGGGCUCACCUCAGCCCAGGCUGCAGCAGGAGAAGGAUGCAGCUGUGAUUGGCAAUAAGCCAAUGGAUAAAAAACGAAAGCAGAUAGUGGUAAGAUCAAAGGUAUGGGAGCAUUAUGAGCGUAUUGUUGAUGAAUCAACUGGAAUAUUGCUUAUGACUAAGUGUUUAUACUGUGCUAGAGUAUACCAUUCUGACACUAAACUUAAUGGCACUUCAACACUUAGAGCACAUAAUGUUGCAUCUCUUAAAAAUCCACAUAGUAAAGAAACUAGGCAAGCUUUGCUUACUUUGCAACCUGUGAUUAAAUGUGAUGAGGGGGAUGAGGGAAAGGGGCAGUUGGGAACAUGGAAAUUUUCACAAGCAGAUGUUAGAAAUGCACUUGCUUAUAUGAUUAUAAUUGAUGAACUUCCAUUUAGAUUUGUAGAAGGAAAGGGUUUUAGAAAACUGAUGAAUGUGGCUUGCCCUAGAUUUAACAUCCCCUCUAGAUGGACUGUUAACAGAGACUGUUACCAAAUGUAUCUAGAUGAGAGGUUAAAGCUAAAAACUUUUUUAAAAAAUCAGAGUCAAAGGAUUGACAAUAAGUGGAAGCUACAUAAAAGAAUUUUGUCCCUUGUUCCUGUUUGUGGUCACAAAGGUGAUUAUAUUAGCAAAACUUUAGAAAAUUGUUUGCUUGCUUGGGGGUUAAAGAAUAUUUUCACUGUGACUAUGGAUAAUGCUGGAAAUAACAAUACUGCCAUUGCUGCAUUUAAGAAAAAAAUGAUUUCAUGGGGCACUGAUGUUUCUAAGUGUCAGUAUUUGCAUAUGAGGUGUAUUGCUCAUGUAAUUAAUUUGGUAGUUUCUGAUGGAUUGAAAGAAAUGAAUUCUUCUGUAAAAAAGAUUAGGGACUGCAUAAGAUAUAUAAGAAACAGUCCAUCUAGGCUUAAACAAUUUAAAGAUCUUACUUUAGAGGCCAAACUUGGAACCAAAAAAUCUCUUUGUCUUGAUGUUGCUACCAGAUGGAAUUCCACCUAUCUUAUGCUGGAUACUGCCUGUUUAUUCAAAUCUGUGUUUGAUUCUUAUGAGGAAGUAAAUGAGAAUUUUAGGAAUGAUAUGGUAGAUAACAUUCCUAACAUUCUUGAUUGGCAAACUGCAAAGAAGUUUGCCACUUGCUUAUCUUAUUUUUACAUCACUACUCUGCGGAUAUCUGGAUGCUUAUAUGUUACCUCUAACAUGCAUUAUUUGGAGAUUUGUGAUCUGUCUAUAAUGUUGGAUGAAAUGAUUGUUAGUGAGGAUGUGGAUAUUAAACAGAUGGGUAAGAAAAUGAGAGAAAAAUUUAACAAGUACUGGGGUGAUCCUUUAAAAAUGAACAAAUUAAUUUUCUUCUCUCAUAUUUUUGAUCCUACUUCUAAACUCAACGAUCUUUUGUUUUCUCUAUGCAAUCUGUUUGGUAAGGAGCAUGGUUCUGUGUUGUUUGAUAGUGUUAAGUUUGAGCUGAAUAUGUUGUUUGAUGAGUACCAAAGUGCAUAUCUGAGUGGGUUAUCUGGAAGUGGAAGUUUUCAGUUCAGCUCCAGUCAACCUGAGGGGCUUGUUUCUAAUCAUGUGUCAAUCCUAUCUGUGCCUCCUGCUGCUAAGAGGCAUACAUCAUUGAUGAAAGUCAAAUUUGCUGAGCACAAUAAAGAGCAAGCAGAAACUGGGCCAAGGAAAUCUGAGCUGGAAACAUAUUUGAGCGAGGCAUGUGUUGAGAAUGAUGAUGCCUUUGAUAUAUUAAAAUGGUGGAAGCUCAAUUGUGCAAGAUUUCCAAUCCUUUUAAGGAUGGCUCGUGAUAUCCUUUCAGUCCCAAUUUCUACAGUUGCUUUUGAAUCUGCCUUCAGUACCUCAGGCAGAGUGCUUGAUUGUUUCAGGAGUUCUUUAACUCCAAAAAUUGUGGAAGCUUUGGUGUGCACUCAGGAUUGGCUCAGAGCAGAAACCAGCCCUCUUGUGGUUGAGGAAUGCCUUGAUGAGCUAGAACCUUUUGAGCAAGGUUAUGCCUUUUACUCUGUUCUCUAA